GUUUUCGAAAAGUGAAGUGCAGAGCGAUCCAGCCAUAGCGGUUAGUUCAUCCUGCUUAAAUACUGUGCUUAUUUGAAAUCGAUGUUUUAAAAUGUGAGAACAUGCAGUGAAAAAGAAUGAUCGAUGCGAAUUCAUAACGGUAUCGUAGACACAAAAGAGUCUUAACCAUGGCGUCUUCGAGCGGAGGACACAUGAAACGAAAGCCGCACUACUCGUGUAUGGAACAGCCAAGUCUUGUAAAGAAGCUCAGAGGCAUUCUCUCUGAGUAUCCGGACGGUGGACAGAUUUUAAAAGAAAUGAUUCAAAAUGCCGAUGACGCCGGUGCCACGGAGUUGAAAAUAAUGCUAGAAAGCCGACGAAUCAACAGAGAUUUGAAGGAAGACUCUCCCCUAUUUACGAAAUUCUUCCAGGCACCUGCCCUGUGUAUUUACAAUGACGCUGAGUUCACAGAUGACGACUGGCGAGGAAUUCGGAUGAUUGACUGCAGUGUCAAGGAGGAAGACUGUCUCAAAGUUGGGCGAUUUGGAUUGGGAUUCAAAUCGGUAUUUCAUAUUACAGACUACCCAUGUGUUAUAAGUGGCAACACAGUGCUUCUUAUGGAUCCUCAAAGACCGAAGGAUGAGGUUAAUGCAACUUUGAAGAUUAAUGAAAUACAUGAAAUUGAAGGCAUCGAUACGAGCGAUAUUUUGCGUGCCGUUGGAGGGAAAUACGGAUUCGACGAAACGGUUAUUAAAAAUGGAUACUUUCGGGGCACUAUGUUCUGGUUUCCUCUGAGGGAAAAUGCUUCAUCCAUUUCAGAAAAUUUGUAUAAUAUCAGUAAAGUCGAACAGCUGUUUGGAAGUCUUCAUGCCGAAUCGUCGAGCAUUCUUAUUUUUUUGAAAUCUCUCAUGUGUUUACACUUGCUGAAAAUGACACCGUCAGGAUACGAAGACCACGUUUUAAUAGUACAAAUUCAAGACGAGGAGGAAAUUCGGCUCAAAAGAAAGUCGUUUUUCUCUUGUUUCAAAAGUGCUUCUUUAAAAAAUGAUGUAGCAUGUGUUUUUAAAAUGACGAUAAAAGAAACAACUCAUGAGUCUACGCAGUUUACACAGUGGCUUGUUAUCACUUAUUACAUAGUUAAUAACGCCUCAAACGAUUUCAGGAGGCUAAUUCAGAGCCCGAAGUUAGGUUUAAGUCCCUGCGUAGGGGUCGCCGCAAAGAUGCAGCCAUUAUCUGCAGUUGAAGGACAUAUAUUUUGCUUUUUACCCUCUUCCAAAGGAAGGAACAAAACUUACAGGCUUACCUUUUCAUGUCAAUGGUUUCUUCGCUCUAAGCCAGAACAGACACCAUUUGAAGUGGGCAACUGACGGUCAGGAUGAUCAAUACGUGAAUGAUGAUAUACUUUGGAAUAAGAAACUUUUGUCUGAAGCACUUCCUUUAGCAUACCAGAAGGCCAUCGAUACAGCUAUUAAAAUGUCAGUGACGAAGCGAAAUCCAAUAACAUUAGUCAACGGUGUGUAUCUGUGGAUAGCUAAGUUGGAAAACAUUCUUGGAAAAUGGAAACCUUUCUUUAAAGACGCACUACAAAGUUGUGCACAUAAGACCAUUGUGUUUUGCGAAGAAAUUAACUCUUGGAAAUGCGUAUCUGAAGUUGUUUUCACAACAUUUAAGGAACUUCCAGCCAAAUUGGAUUAUGUCAAACCGGCAAUACGAAAGGCUAUCGGCGUUUGCGGCAAGUGCCCAGUUAUUGUUCCCGAACAUGUGUUUUCGACAUAUUGCUCUUUGUUUAAAAACCGAAUAAAUGAUAUAUCGCCAGUCAUGUUAGCCGAAAUCUUGAAGCAGAAACCCAAUUACAAAUGUAUGACUGAUAGAGAAAAGAACGAGCUUCUUGCAUAUCUAAUCAGUGACGGAGACACUACAAAAUUGGAAGGUCUUGAUCUUCUAUUGUUGGCCUCUGCUGAAUGGGGCACUUUUAAACAAAAUGGAAGUUUAAAAUAUGUUUGUUCUGAGAUUGAAGUAAACAUGUUUCAAGGGAAUGGACAUCACUUCAUCAUGCCAUAUGAAAAGCUCGACCAACGUUCAAAGGAUGUUAUGCGCUUCAUAUGUGACAAAAAAAACUACCCGAUCAAAGAUAUAGAUGACGAUUUCUUGAAAAAGUUGCUUCUGGAAACCAUUCAGUCCCAUUUAGGAAAAGAAUUAAUAAUAACCGAGAAUAUAAAUCUAAACCUUGACUGGCUUAGAGAGGUUUGGAAUGCGACAACUUAUCGUGGAAUCCAAAGGUAUUUAGAUGUACCUAUUUUUCCUGUUCUAGAAUCCGGAUCAUUUGAAUCGAACUAUCAAGUUAAACUUGUUCCACUGCAUAAUACCAACUUACUGCUCAAGAAAGUUCAUACGAAUAUUCGUGAACAAUGCCUAGAUGAUGAACUUGAGAAAUGCUUGCGCUUGCUCGGAAUCACAAUAGUCACACAAUUACCAAGUUGGUUACUAUCUGAUUCGAUUAUGGACUUCGUCAUGUUUCCAUCCAACGAUGACGUCAAAGAGAUAUUACAAAAAACAGCUCGUAUAAUUGACCAAGAAGCUAUACAUGUGUUUAACGAAAAAGCGUCGGACUCAAACAGAGCUAGAUUUCUUGACUUUUUAGCCCAUGUUUGCCCAUUAAACGGUGAUUUACUUCAUUUGUUACAGCAGCUACGAUUGUUUAUGUCUAUAAGACCGCCAGGAACAUUUGUUUGCGCUCAAAGCAGUACUUUUUUUGUUAGAGAAUCAGAAAAAGACCAGUUCCCAGUGAAUAUUCAAUAUCCUGACCAUUGCAUACUUGUAAAAAAGAGCGACGAGGUAAUUGCCGAAUUACUAGGGUGCACACACAUGACCUUAUGCACAUUUAUGCAAUUGAAGCUAAACGGCGUCCAGUUAGACGUAUUUACCAACGACAGUAAGCAUGUGAUAUUGUAUUUCCUGAAGAAUAUUGACAAAUUCGACAAUGUGAUAGACACAGCUUCAGAAAUACCGUUUAUAAAGAACACUGUGGGGCAAAGUGUUAAACCGUCAGAAGUUUUUGAUCCGUUUGACGAGUUUCUGAAGAGGCUGUUUCAUGGCGAAGAUGUUUUUCCGUCAGCUGUAGACGACAUUAGACCAUACAGAAAUGCGUUUAUCAAACUUGGAAUGAAAAGGAAUGAGUGAAAUACGAUCAGAAGAUGUGUACAAUGUUGCUAAAUCGAUCGACUCUAGAUCAAAGAAAGGUGAAAAUAUUUGCGAAAAGGCAAAAGCUCUUCAAGAAUUUCUUGAACAGAAUUCACAUGUUCUUUAUCAGACGGUGCACACAGGUGAAACUUUAGGACAAGCCAUAAAAGAUAUGUCAUGCUUUUUGUACAGCUCACCUGACAAAUGUGGUUUACAUAUAAGAUAUCCAAAGCAGCUCAAAUGUUUUUCGAUCACUUCACCUGUAUGUCCUCCACAAGAAAUGAAAGCUAUACAAUUUUGGGAACUUGUAUGUUCCUCCAUGCCGCUAAUUCAGACACAAUCAAAUGAACUAUCGUUGUUUUACGGUUGGAAUGAGCCACCUGAAAGUGACCAAAUCAUUCUUCAAUUACAAAAUUUGCAGAAAUGUUCCAUAUCCUCCGAUAUGAGGCCAGAAGUUAUGAGCAUGAUCAAAACAGUCUAUCAAGUUCUGUCGAAAGAUUAUAAUCAAAAGGUCAAAGACGACAUAGUAAGUAAUGGGCUUAUUUGGACUGAUGAUGCGUUUCUAUCUCCAUCAAAAGUGGUAGUCUUCAAGAAAGAUGAUGAUAUUGAUCUUAAACCUUAUAUGCAUUUCCUUCCACCAGAACUGGAAUUAAUGCACACAUUUUUCGAAUGGUUAGGGUGUCGCUCUUGUCAGGAUGAACUUGUUAUUAUAAGCGUUUUAAAAGUCUUGAAGGAAAAACAUGAAAAUACUAAUUACAGUCCAGCUGAAACUAAGAAAGAUUUGAAAUGUGCCGUGUCAAUUCUUGAUAGAUUAGCAGAAAUAAAAGUAGACUCCGCUUGGGCUAAUGCGAACGUAUUUAUGAUUGUAAAGUCAAAAUCUGAACUUAGUAUAAAAUUUGCUACAUUGACGGAAUGUGUUUAUGUUGAUAAUCCAAAAAUGUAUUGAAAACGUCGUGAAUGACGAAAGUUUAUGCUAUGUUCAUGAACAAAUAUCUCGCUGUACCGCAGAAAGGCUUGGGGUAAAGUUUAUUACGCCCCAGGCCCUGAAAGUUCUUCAAAUCAUGAGGGUGCACACUCACGCCAUACCAUUCGGACAACGGGAGGAUCUAACAACGCGGUUGAAUGGAAUACUAAAAGAUUAUCCGUGUGAUAAAAGUAUUAUGAAGGAACUCAUUCAAAAUGCUGAUGAUGCAGGGGCACAUGAAAUUCAUUUUAUCAAGUACUUCGAAUCAAAGAAUGUUGGGCGAACACUUGAACACGAUUCAGUACUUAAGCCUGCUCUUUGUGUGUACAAUGACACAUGUUUUAAAAAAGACGAUUUCGUAGGCAUUCAGGAAUUGGGCAUAGGGGGUAAAGGAAAUAAAUCGUUUAAGAUUGGUCGGUUUGGUAUUGGGUUCAAUGCAGUUUACCACAUAACUGACAUCCCCUCAUUUCUCACUAAAGGACCUGGUUUGAAAGGACGCGGUCAAGUUUGUUUGUUUGACCCUCUUUUAAAACAUAUCAGAGAUUUAACUGGUGGUGAGCCUGGUGUGCGCUAUAAUGUAGAUGAUUUGAUUGAAGAAUUUCCAGACACCGUUGUCGGCUUUCCAUAUAUGACUAAUACUUGUGGCACAAUGUUUCGACUGCCUUUAAGGCAAGAAGAAUCUAAGAUCAGUAAAAACUGUUUAAAACCUUUGGAUGUUGAAUUAAUGUUGCAACAUUUCAUUAAGACAAUGCCUGAGUGUUUGCAUUUUGCAAAAAAUAUACGGACCAUAAAAGUCAUGACAUAUUCUAAAGGAAAAUAUAAAUGUGAGUAUGAGGUUAAAUCAGAGAUAACACAAGAAGAUGAACAGCGACGUAAUUCAUUUUUUGAAUCGGUUAAGGAACAUGCUACAUCUUUGGAGUCGAAUCAAAUCAACGUCGAAUACACGAUGCGCAUAAACGUUAACAAGAAGAAGCAAUCUACGAUUUGGCUUAUUGCGAAUCAGUUUGGCUCGUGUUUUCCCUUAGAGCAAAACGAUGAAAUGACUGCAAUGACAGAACGCGGUCUACUUCCAAUUGGUGGUGUCUCCAUUAAACUAUGCGAAAACCCCUGGCAAGUCAUUGCCGCUUUAUCAAAAGAUGGUGCGAAAUGCAGAUCGUGGCAGCCCGUUAAUGGAUGUGCGUAUUGUUUUCUACCCCUGCCUAUCAGCACUGGAUUACCUUUUCACGUGAACGGUCACUUUCAGCUUGAUCGUGGGAGGCGAAAUCUUUGGAAUCAAGGUUAUGGAAAGAAAUGGAACGAAUUUAUUCUCUCUAUCGUAGUUUCAGGUGCUCUGAAAAACGCAUUGACGUUUCUCCAAAAGUACUUAUUAAAUGAUUACUUGCACAUGGAUGAAUUACAAGAAGAAAUAUUAAGACGAAAAUAUUUGCAAAUGUAUUUCUGUCACUUUCCAAGACAUCAAAUGGAUGGGGUUUCUGAAUGGGCGUUCUUUGUAACGGAGUUUUACCGUUUGAUGAUCAGAACGCGUAUGCGUCUUUUUCCCUUUUUCUCUCAGAAUGUAAAUGGAUUACAGAGCGUUGGAAAUGUGCAUAACCAACGCGUGGUCGAAUGGGUGCAUUUGUCUACAGACGUUGAAAAUCUUGAUGGCGGUGUCGUCAAUACACUUUUCAAAUGGUCAUAUUGUCAUGAAACGGAAAAACAAGAGCUACGUUUUGUGGAAAAUAUUUUAAGGAAGUUGUUUAUCAAAGUAUCAGAUACUGAUAAAGCUGUCGUUGCAGACAUAGAAAAAUCAAUCAAAGAGUCAAUCAUACGUACUACACCGCAUGUAUUGAUGCAAAUACUUAAGGCAAGAUUUGAAACAGUUGACUUAGGCGUUGAAAAUUGCGUGUUUGAAACAGCAGCUGGCGUCCAUAUUAUAUUAAAGUUUAUUUCCCAAUACGAUCGAUUCGUGGACGAAAUUGAAGGCUUGCCACUUUGCCUUACAAAUGACAACGUUGUUCGACGAUUCAGGACCUUACAAGACGUUUUUUGUUCACAGUUUUGCGACCUUAUGCCAGGGUCUUCUUCUUUAUUUUUGCAUAAAGACUUGGUGUUUUUGCUAAACAGUGAUGAGAUGUUUUCAAAAAACAUUUUUAAACGUUUCACAGUACGGAGUUUAGUUAGUUUGUUGCCGUCGUCUUUCGACCCCGAAAUAUUUUGUAAAGACGAAAAUGUACGUUGGAAAAGUGAUGAGUUUGAACUUGUUGAGCCUCAAACUAUUUACAGACUCUUCAAGUUCCUUUAUGAAGAAUCGUUCGUAUCCAAACAUACAAUCCUACCACGUUUUAAUAAAAAAUUAUUUUUAGAAAAUGUGACUGCUCUCUCCAACUGGUCAUUUUUACCAUCUCAAAGGAAGUCUCGUUGUUUAGAUACCUUCGAACUAAUUCCAAUUAAUCAGUCCUACACACUAUUAUCAGACACACAUCUGUGCGAAGAGGUCACCAAAAAAGUGCUUCAAAAGAUGGAACUGCCGUCGAUUAGACAAUGCUGUUUUAACAGACCCUUUGAAUUUGGACGUAGAUUUAAAUUUUGCAGCUAAUUACUUAACAUCAUAUGCAUACAAAGCGAAUGAUUUGUUACGGUGCUUGCAUUAUCACAGACGCACUUUAAAUGAAAAUGGAUUAACACGUGUCGAUGCAAAAUGCGUUUUACGAUAUUUCAAUAACAACAUCGACGUCUUACAAUCUUGUAGCGAUGAAGCAACGCAGCUACUGAAGGAGCUUCCAUUAUACGAAACUGUACACCAAAACUUACUUGUCAGUAUUAAUAAAAAUGCGACUGUUAAUUGUCUUGGAAAACGAAAUCCCAUGUGCAGGCUUAGAUGAAUUGACCGGGCACCAAAAUAUAAUUCUUCUAGAGCCACACGAAGAUUUGAAGGAGAUUUACGGCUUUUUGAAACUUUCAAAUGUGAGUUCAAUUGAUAUGUACAUUGAGCAUAUUUUACCAAAUAUAAUGCACAUGGAGGGACACCAUUGGCUAUCACAUAUUCGAAUACAUCAAGGAUAAUUUAAUACAUUUUUCAAUUUCAAAAGAGUUGUCCUCGAAACAAAAGCAACUUGUAAAUUUGAUUCGCGAAAUUCCCUUCAUAAACAUCAAUGGAUUGUGUUUUUGUGCGAAUCAACUUUAUGACGGGAAUCAUUGUGUGUUUCAACAAAUGAUUGAUCCUGGUUUAUAUCUACCAUCAUAUUUUAACGAUUGGAUGUGUUUUAUGAAGUUAGUCGGACUUAAUAAACGUCCAUCAGGCGAUAUGAUGCUAGCGUUUGCAAAAAGAAUAGCACACGAAGGAUCACUGCAGAUGACACAAGAUUUGAUCGCUUCGUCCAACGUACUUGUGGAAUAUCUUUUAGGGCCAGCCGGGAAGAAGUUUGGCGAUAAGACGUACAGCGAAAUCAGUCGCGUUGAAUUUGUUGUAUCAUAUACUGUCUCAUCUGAACUAGCGACAAUUUGUCAGCCAUACAGUUCCUCUGAAGCGUUUAUAUGUUUUGAAGAAUCUUGUGACUCACAGUUUGAGGAUAUUUGUUGGACAAGCGUGCCACUUUUGUUAAAUAUGCCAAAAAAAACUAAAUAUUGUAAAUUGCUUGGCAUAAAACAAGAACCCGAUGUUGAUUCCGUUAUACGUCAUUGUCAGAAUAUAUGCGACAUUUUAAAAAAAGACUUUGAAAAGAAACAUUCAAAUAUCAAUAAUAAACAACAAAUAAUGGAAAACAUUUAUAAGUUUCUCUUAAAGAAGCAAGAUAAAAUCAAUCCCAGUCGAUUGAUUGAGACGCCGAUUAUUUUGAUCCCAAAUGAAACAAUGGUUAAAGCAUCGUUGGUUAUUCUACGACAAUCAGUAGGUCAGGAAAUAAAACCUUACCUGUAUCAAGCCCCUGAGAUAUACAGGCAUUGCUUCGAUUUAUUCAAAAAAAUGGGAGCAACCGCGGAAGCUAGUUGUUGGCAAUAUGCUAAUGUUUUGUCAACAAUAAAAAAACAUUUCAUGGAAAAUGAGCUACAUGACGGUGCUUUAGAAAAAGCGUCGAUUGCUAUUAAGCACAUGUUUGCAAUUCUGUCCAUAGCACAAGACAAAUCAACUCAAUUUGAUGGUGUUAAUGUAUUAUACCUACCUAAUUGCAAACGAGUGCUUACGAAAUCCAAUGAGUUAACCGUUUGCGAUAAUGACGGAUUCAGAAAAAAAUUAGAAAUACCAUGCCAGUUAAACUUCUUUAUCGGAUUUCAACAGUUGGAGAUCGAUUUGAAAGACCCGGUCGAACCAUUUAUGAAUCUUCCGAAAAACCUCCAACCACGUGUUCUUUCACAAGAUGUCACGGAAAUAGUUUCUACCGAUGACAUGCAGGAGGACGAUAAUAAUGAAGAUGCAUUAAGCUAUGAACGUUUGUUUUAUUCUCAAGCAUUUCAUGAGGGUUUGUGCAGGUUAUUGAGGCAUCAAAAUGGAAAAAAUAAUACAAUAAUUUGGAAGGAAGAGGACGACACACAUUUGAAAAGUACACUGUCAAAGGUUCGCAUUAAAGCAGUUACAGGCUUAAAGACAUUAUUGGUUUUCAAAGGAGAGCUUAUUCCAGGAGUCAGCAUAGAAAAACCGUAUUACGUUGACGAAGUGAGAGAUGAUGACACAUCUUUGGUGGGAGACAACACGGGUUUAGCGUUUCAUUUAUACUAUCAGAGAGGUGAGACACACCGUGUUCAUUUGUUUAACAGAGCUAGUAUUCAAUCUGCAGGUUUAUGGCAACUUGUGGAAAGGUGUACCCGGGGAUUACUAGAGAAAGAAGAAAGUUACCUAGUUCACUCACUUUUAAACUUAAGAAACAACCCGGAGUAUAUUUCAGAAUGUCUCGAUGAACACCAAAUACGUGCCUAUGGCACUGUAGAUGAACUUUCAGUUUUUCCACAACCAGGUUCAUACGUGGAAGAAAAGUUUUUUCCAUUUUUGGUUCAACAAAUUCAACCCAUUCCCGAACAUAGUUAUAGAUUUGUUGCUUUAGAAAUUGGAAACGAUGACGAAGACGACGAAACACGUCAACCCACCUUUAUUUAUGCCCAUGUUCAUAGAAAGGUCUCAACUACAAACACCUCAGUACUGAGCAUAAACUAUGAAGUCGAUUCUGGAAUUGGCGUUCAAUAUGCUGGUAGAAGUGUAGUUCCUAUUUUUAGGUUGUAUUUAUUUCUUCCCCAAAAACAAGAUACCACUACAGACAUUGAGGUAUUUGACACAGAGCCUGUAACAUCCAUGCCGUUUAAUGAAACAUGCGAACGAAUUAUGAGCAUGCUACAAGAGGCCUUUGAACAUUUAUCCUUACAGGACAGGAAGCGUAUUAUCCGUCGCCUUAUUAUGAAAUGGCAUCCAGAUAAAAACUUAGGAAACGAAGAAUAUACCACACGUGUUUUGAAUUUCAUUCGGCAUUGCAUUGUCCGACUUGAAAGAGGUGAAAACUUAAUAAUGAACGUGGAACCCUCUGCACCAGACAUGAGAGCUUCGACAUAUUGGAACACCUGUGCAGCAGCAUAUAAUACUGGGCAAGUGUUUGCAGCUUGCUAUAACAACAAUGUAGAUGACUAUCGAUCACAUAGAUCCUUUUCCCAUAGACAAACACAUCGGGAUCCCGUGUGUAGCCCAGGUGAAUUUAAACGGUGGAUCAAACAGGCCAAGCUUGACUUUCUCACCGGCCAGGCGCACUUGAAUUGCACUGAAAAACACCCGGAAACGUAUAACUGGAUAUGCUAUAUCUGCCAUCAGGCUUGCGAGAAGGCUCUUAAAGCUGCAUGGUUUCUGAAAGACGCCAAUAGAUGUCCCAUCCGAGAGCACAGUCUGGUUGAUAUUGCAAAUGGGCUGGAUCAGAACAUCGCUGAUGAGGCACACUCUUUCGAACAACAGCUUCGCAUUCGAGGAUGUUAUGCUAAACUCCGAUAUCCAGACAGUGUUAAUAGUUGCCAAGUUCCUUCCGAUGUAUUCAGCAAAGACGAGGCUGAGUUUGCUGUUACCACUGCCAAGAGUAUCAUGGAAAUGGUUGACGCAUUGAGUGGAUAAUUAAAAAACUGAUUAGAUGACAUUAUAUAAUUUUAAAGCAUUUAGAUGAGUAUGAUGCUCAGAAACGGUUUGCAGAACGUUUAUAAUUGGUUCACUUAAUGUAUCGCUUUGCCCAAGGUAUGACCGUUAAGUUGGCGGUGAUUAAAAUUAUAGUAGAUGAAAUAUUAUGAAGAGCUAACACCUGCUUUUCAAUGGUUCGUAUAAAACGUUUACGUAUGUAAGUUUAAUUAUACAAGUAUAUUUGACUAUUUUAAAUGAUGCAUAAACCUGUGCACUGACAGUAUGAGUGUUUUAUGACUAGUUCUUCAACUAAUAUUGUAUAUUAGCGUGUAGUGUAAAUUUUUAGUGUAAAUACAUUCAAAUACGGAACAGUUGCUGCGUAUAUAUGCCUUAUUUAAUUGUUAAUUUACGUUAACGUAUUUUGAAUUUUAUUUUGUUUUUAAUGCACGAUGAAGUGUAAUUGUCAUGUUUAAUUUUUAUGACAACACAUAACUUUGUUGCUAUGACGAAUUGGUAAUAAUGUACUUAUCUAGUUGGACUACAGAAUACGCGCUGACUAAUAUGCAAUGAACAUACGUGUAAUGUGUAAAUAAGCUAUACGUCUAUCAUACUUUACUCACCUUUUGUUUGCCACGUUUUCAUUAAUGUAAAAAACAGUAAUAGUUAGGAAACUUUGUUUUGAUAACACUUCAUAUUAAUUUGAACGUACAUUUAUUUAUUUAUUUUUUUUUACGCUGAAUAUGUCGGCGUUGCUAUGAUUGUUUAUAUAUUUUAAAGGCAAUUUUUAACUAGUGUUUAACUAAUACAGUUUUGCUACAUGGCGUUUUGCUGUUUGUUUGUAAAUAAUGUAAAUGAAGUAAAAUUACCACAUUACCACAUACUCUACAUGUAUAUAAUGUGCCUGUUGAUUUUUGAAUGUACAAUAUUAUGUUAGAUAAAUUACUUCAGCCUGUCCCUUAUAUUGAUGUAUAUGUGUAAAUAUUCAAAUCAUUCUCUCGAAUAAGUACGCUCAUUUGCUUUCACUUAGUUCGUGCAUCAAAGUUUACCAGACGAUAUUCAUUACAUGUAUAUGCAUCCUAGGUAAAUGAAAUGUUACACACACUUCUCAUGUAAAAUGUAAUUAGUGUACAGUAGAUCUAUUGUGUAUUUCUGGUGUGUGGUUCUCUGAAUCAAAUGGUAUUUUGUAAAUACUACUUAAAAUAACUAUUUCGUUGUAUUGAUUGCAUACACGGAGAUCGUAAUGAACACAUAUAUAUUUAAUUUUGAAAGCGUAUAUUUAUAUAUAGUUUUGAUCAAAAAGCAUUGAGGACAAUGUCGCAUACCAUGAUUUAAAUUGUUAUUAAAUGGUAUUGUCGUGGACGUGCUUUAUGAUUGUAAUACUAGUUUGCUUAUGGCAUGGACACUAUACGCGUGCAGUUUUUUUUAAUUAUUUAUCAUUUUCUGUUAUUAUACUGAUGUGUUAUACUGAUGUUUUAACAUAUAAUUUGUUAGUAUAACGAUGGCGUUUGUUUCGAUAAUUGCUCUGUAUAAAUUAACAUGUUCCUGCCCUAUCGUUAUGAAGUGUGGCUUUGACAUACAAAAACGCCUAGGCUUGUUGAUAUAUUACACAACGAUAGGACAGUAGCCUGUUUUAUGUUUAUUUGGCGUAAAUGAUAGUGUUUAAUGACGUUUGACGUGUUUAUCAUGACGUCAUUAAGUACAUAGCAUUUAGUAAUAGCAUACUUUUUUAAAAUUCUGAUAUGACAUAAAUAUGUUUGGAUAUUUUAUCGAAAUAUAUUUUGUGUUUAUUGUUGGUAAGUUGGAGUGUUUGCCUGUAUAUUUGAUGUUAUAUUUUGCAGUGGAUGUAUAGUAUUGUCUGUAUUAGAUGAAUGAAAACAGGAAACGGAAUAUGCUGAAUGUAUGAUAAGCGAACUGAAUUAUACUGUCAGUAUAGUAUGUUAUUAAGUCACGCAUGUGACAGUUUGGUCAUGAAAUGAACUAUACAUUUUGUUGCUGCAGGAAUAAUUGCAUUUAUAUUCGUUUAUAUGUGUGAUGCAUUUAUUGUAAUAUGCUCUCUUUUAAUAACCAUUUUCAAGAGUAUCAUAAGAUUAAAAAACACGGACCAAUCAUUUCACAUAAAUGUUUUAAAUGGAUCGUGUAUCCUUUUUUACACCAAAACGCACACACGUUAAUUGCGUUGCAUCCAUGUGUUGAUGUAAAUAAAGAAUUAUGGAAACAUUUAAAUCUUUGCAUGUACGAUGGUAAUACGAGUGCCGUUAUUGCAGUAUCAUUUUGAUUUUUGAGGAUAUGUUCAUAAUGGUCUAGUAGAUGAACAAUAUUGUCUAUACCGACUUUUUUUAGAUAAACCGAUUUUAAAAAUGUAUAUCUAUUUAAGUUUUGUAUUAAAUACAUUUGUGAAACAUCCCCAAACAUGCACACAUGACGAUUUAAAGAUAUAAUUUUAAAUUUGUGUAUCAAUAUCAAAGUAACCAGUUCGGUUUAUAUCGAAAAUAAUGCAAAAAAACUAGCAGUUAAGCUCAUUCAUUUUUUUCGAUAUAAGGUUAUGUUUGAUUUCGAAAAUGUCUGUAUAUUCAGCUAAUUAAGGUUUCAAACUUUGUUUUAUUUCAAUAUUUUUUUUAAUUUAAAUAAUUAUAUACUAAUUUUUGAAGAUAUGUAUAUGCACAUGCAUUGAGCUUUGUAAAUUGUAUUGUUUCGGCCAUUUUGAAUUUAUUUCAUAUCAUUAGAUUGUUAUUUUUAUACUGUUAUAUAAAAAAAUCCAUUUGCAUAAAUAGUGCAAAUGGAUUGUAUUUGAUUAUCACAUUUACCUCCACUCUGGGUGUUUGUAUUGUAAUCUUUCCUUUAUUCGCUCACAUGAACAAAACGUGUUCAUGGUUUGCUGUUGUUGUAAAGGUCAUCGCCACAGUAAGCAACAUUCUUCAAACAACAUCUUCGGCUACUAUGUUUUGCCCAUGACGAUAAAGAUUGUCAGAAACGUUCUUGGAAUUACCUUUUAAGAAUUUCAUUGCAUUUGCAUGCACUAUUGUCUUACGGAUCUCUACGGAGAUUGUUCAUACUAUUGCCAUUGAUUCACAAUUUGCUACCAGGAAGGCAUGGGUUUUCCAAAUAAAGGUAUCAUGUAAAAACAUCAAAGUUUUUCUUCUCUAAAACAGCAAGGGUAGAACUAAGGUAUUCUACAUGAAACUUCGUCUAAAGGAUCUCUACCGGGAGUUUUCCAAUUAAGGCCCUAUGGUAUAUUUUGAAAAAGUUGAAGACAUUUUCUAUGAAGCUGCACAGGUUGUUUGAUAUUUGGUAUGAAACAUCGCCUAUUUGACCUUUACUAUGAUUUUCUAUACUGGGGGACACAGGGUUUUUUCCCUGUCUGUUGGUUUGUUUGCGUCAAACUUUAACAUUGGCCAUAACUUUGGCAAUAUUGAAGAUAGCAACUUGAUAUUUGGCAAGCAUGUGUAUCUCAUGGAGCUGCACAUUGUGAUGGGUGAAAGGUCAAGGUCAUCCUUCAAGGUCAAAGGUCAACGGUCAAAUAUAUGGGGGACAUAGUGUUUCAAAAACACAUUGUGUUUUAUAUGUGUGUCUGUCUUUCAACAAUGAGCUUAAAAUUAGUAACAUAAGUAUUUAGAAUAAUUUGGCUUUUCAUGAUUGAAGCAAUACCACGAACAUAUUCAAGAUCUGUGUUACCUUGAGGAUUUUGAAAUUUGUUUAAUACGUAAUAUUGUAUGUAACAGUAAAUGAAAUUGUGAGGUGUGAACUCGAAGGUAUCGUAAGUGUAAUUUAUGUUGCCUUUAUUAUGCAUCAAUAUGGUUUGUAAUUUAUUGUUGUAUUUAAUUAGUUAAUGUAAAACAUGAUUGAAUGUAAACAUUGUACAUGUGUCACAUUUAAAAAAUAUAUAAUAAUAUUCGAUUUAAUUAAUAUCAUAUUAAUAUUAAUGGUUUAGAAAAUGAAGAAAGAAACACAUUCUAAAACCAAUCUUUAAAUCAAAAUAUGUCAAAGCAUUGUUAUUGAAUGUUUUUUAAAACAUAGCACACGUUAGAAAAAAUGUGUUAACUUUUUGCAUUUUAUUUGUGUUAUUGUAAUAUGAAUUUAGGAAGUGGGUAAGAUCAAUUGUACAAUGUUAUCAAUGCUGACAUGUCAAAAUUUGAUACUAGGUAUGUUUUCAUGCGCUUUCACGUAUAAUGCAGUAAUUCAUAACUUUUCAGAUUACCUGAGCACAACAUGCUGAUGGUGAGCUUUUUUGUUUGAUCGCUUUUUUCCGUCGUUAGUCUUCCUUCGUCAACAUUGACCUUGUUUCCUCUCGAGGCCACAUGUUUUUCGAAUCUUAAUGACACAUGGUCAGAACAUUUGUUUUCCCAAGGAUAUAUUGAAUGUGUUCGAAAUUGGUUUCGGUUCGUUAAAAAACAUGACCACCAGGGUGUGGGGCAGUUUUCCUAAUAUGGCUAUAGUAAAACCUUGUUAACACUCGAGCAAUCUUGUUUCAAGCCUAAUGUUAAUGAAUCUUGGUCAGACCAUUUUGCUCUCAAGAUAUCUGGGAUGAGUUUAACAAUGGUUACGGUGCGUUCAAAAACAUGGCCGCCAGAGGGCUUCAGUUUUCCUUAUAAGGCUUAAGUAGCAAUAGUCAAACCGUGUUGACACUGUAGACGUCAGUGAUAUUUUAAAUCCAAUCUUCAUGACCCUUGGUAGGAUUACUUGUUGUAAAGAUAUCUUUUCGGAGUUUGCCAAUGUGCGGUGCAGCUUUCCUUAUAUGGCUAUUGUUGCUUAAUAAAACACUGUUACCAUUGUCAAAUAUUUACGAAACUUGGUUUGAAAAUUUUAUCUUGGACUAUAUUGGCCGAGUUUGAAAAUGGUUCAAGUUCGUUGAAUAACACGGCUGCCGGGUGGGGUUCGUAUAUGGCUGUAGAUGCUUCAGUAAAACCCUUUUAGCUCGACUUUUCGAAGAAAAAUUAGAGCUAUACUACUCGCCCCGGCGACGGCGUCGGCGACGCCGUUGGUUAAAGUUUUUUAUUAAGUCAAAUAAUUUUAACACUAUCAAACAUAAUUAACUCAAACUUGGAAUACUUCUUUAUGGCAACAAGACAAUUGUGUUGGUCAAGGUGCAUAACUCCGUCAGCAUUAUAUUUAGAGUUAUGUCCCUUUUUAUACUAAGAAAAUUGAAAAUUUGGUUAAGUUUUCUGUUAAGGUCCACUUUUUUCCCCAAAGUAUCAAAGCUGUGGCAUUCAUGCUGGCAACACUUACUAGCUAUCAUAUGGAGGCAUAACUCUGGUUAGCAUUUUGACGGAAUGUUGGCCCUUUUUUUACUUAGUAACUUUGAAUAUUUUGUUAACUUUUGUGUUUUGAUGCAUUUUACUUCUAAAGUAUCAAGGCUAUUGGUUUCAAACUUCAAAUACUUUCUUACUAUCAUGAGGGUACUGUACCUGGCAAGUUGAAUUUGACAUUGAAUACAUUUUUUCUUCUUUUUUUCAUAUUUUUGAAAUAUCAUGUAAUAAAUGACCAACCACACACCCACAUUAUUCCAUCACUCCCCCCCUACACACAUACAUUAAAAGAACGUAUUUUGUUUUAAAAAAUGGAAAAAAAUAUUUAUUUUUUAUUAUUAGCUCGGCUGUUUUCGGAGAAAACCCGAGGCAUUGUCAUCAACCGAUGGUCGUGUCGUAACGUCCACCGUCCGCGUCGUGCUAAAACCUUAACAUUUUGUUAACCUUUUGAACAUUGGCUCUAAAAUCAAAGUGCUUCCUCCUACAACUUUAAAACUUCAUAUGUAGAUGCACCUUGGUGAGUUCUACACGCUACACCCAUUUUUGGGUCACUCGGUCAAAGUUCAAGGUCACUGUGACCUCUAUAAAAAAAAUCUGACAAGCUUUCAUUUUUCCAAAACUGCACCCGCAGCCGAGCGUUGGCACCCGAGUGCUCUUGUUUUAUUUUUGAAAGACUGUCCAACCAUCCCACCCAGGCUAUUGCUAUUAAAUUUGAAAUAUAAUGUUAUUAGUUUGUUUUAUGUCUUUACAAAUGUUCAAUAGAUUGUGGAAAAUAUACCUGAACUCAGCAUUGUCUAUAAUGUACCACUUCUUUAAAAAAAAAAGAGAUCAAAAUGUUUCAAUUACGGUCCUCUUCCGGUUAGAAUAUGACCAUAUUACCUUGACCUUAUUGAAUAUAAGAAUUUCACCAUGAUGGCUUACGUUAUAUUGUCAAGCACUCGAAAAGUCGAGCGCGCUGUCUUCUGAGAGCUCUUGUUGAAGUCACAUGUUUUGUCAAAUCUUCAUGAAACUUGUGAGGAUCAUUUUUUUAAGGAUAUCUUGGCAGAGUUCGAAUAUGGUUGCGUUUUUUUUAAACUUAUGGCCACCAGGGGUCGAGGUAGUUUUCCUUAUAUGGCUUAAGUAGUUAAAGUAAAACAUUGAGAACUAUGUAGAAGUCACAUUUAAGUCAGGUCUUCAUGAAACUUGGUAGGACCAUUUGUUCAAAUUAUAUCUUGGCCGAGUUUGAAAAUGGUUACGGACCGUUGCAAAAAUGGGCUCUCUUCCUUACAUUGCUAGAUUGAAACUUUGUAAACACUACUUAAGUCGAGUGUAUGGUCCAAACUUGAUGUAACUUGGUCAGAACAUUUGUUCUAAUGUUAUCUGGGCCGAGUUUGAAAAUGGUGUUGGUCCCUUCACAAACAUGGCCGCCGGGGGAGGGCAGUUUUCCUUAUAUGUCUAUUGUUAACCUUAUUAAAAGAUCUACAAGUCACAACUACAGUCAAAUCUUCAAGAAACUUUGGUCAUAUCAUUUGCUCCAAUGGUAUAUUUUGCUUUUGAAAAGGGUCCCGGACCGUUGAAAACAUGGCUGCCAUGACGGGGCGUAUCAGUUUUCCUCAUAUGGUUAAAGUGAAACCUUGUUGAUACUAUAGAAGUCAAAUGUAUGGUUCACACUAAUGAAACUUGGUCAGAACAUGCGUUUUAAUGAUAUCUGGGCAGCGUUUUGGAAAAUAGUUUUGGUCCGUUGAAAAACAUGGUCGCCAGGGGGAGGGGUAGUUUUCCUUUUGUGGCUAUAGUAGAACAUUGUAAACAAUCUACAAGUCACAAUUCAGUCCAAUCAUCACGAAACUGUGGUCAUCUCAAUUGAUCUAAUGAUAUGUUUGAAUUUUGAAUUCGGUUUCUUUAUAUACAUGGCUGCCAUGGGGCGGGACAGUUUUCCUAAAAUGUAUGUAUUGAAACCUUGUAAACGCUAAAAUGACAACAUUAAUCGGCCAAUCUUCAUUUAACUUUGUCAGAACAUUUGCCCAAUGAAAUUUCGGCUGAGGUUAAUACUGGGACUUGUGAGUUCAAAAAUACGUCACAACGUUACAUUUAAGAAAGAAUCUUUAUAUUCUAUAGUUCAUAUCCCAUAGAGCUUAUAUCCCAGUCGAAAAAUAAAAAUUCUCCGAAAAAAGUUAUGUUUGCAAGUAUUAACACUAUCUUCAGCUCAACCUUGUCAGAAUAUUUAAGUUCCUUAGGGUCUCAGGUGAACUCCUUAGGGCCUAUGGCCAUCUUGUUUUAUUGCAUAUUUGGUCUGUACUUAUGUUCAUAUUUAUAUGCACAUAUUUGUUUGUAUUCCAUUUUGUUGUGAUAUAUGGUAUAACUAUAAUGAAAUGGUAUCAGCUAUGUAUGGCAAUAAUAAAUAUAAUUUAACUAG